AUGCCUUCACAGCUCAAAAUCGGCAUUGUAGGCGCCGGUCCUGCCUCACUGACCCUAGCCAACAUCCUCCAAAAGCACUCCAUCCCUUUCACCAUCUUCGAGUCCUCGCCUGAAGUCCGUACGCAAGGCGGUUCUCUAGACCUCCACCCCGAGUCUGGUCAGCUCGCCAUCAAAGAAGCAGGACUAUGGGAAGCAUUCGUCAAGCAUGCGCGUCCAGAAAGCGAUGUGAUGAAGAUUGUGACUUUGAACGGAGAGGUGCUCUGGGAUGAAAACGGAGCUGACAAGCAGGAAGUCAACGAGGAGGAAAAGUUCGAUGGAAGACCUGAGAUUGAUCGAUUGGCAUUAGCAACGUUGAUGUUUGAGAAUCUGAAGGAGGGGUCUGUGAGAUUUGGGAUGAAGUUAAGAGAAGCUGUGCCGUCUGACGAAGAAGAGGGGAAGUACAAUCUACACUUCGCAGACGACACAAAAGAGCUUGGGUUCGAUCUGGUAGUCGGAGGAGAUGGAGCGUGGUCCAAGGUUCGCAAACUUCUCACCGAUAAGAUGCCAGAGUACUCGGGUAUAUCGUCUGUGGCAUUGACAUGCAAGGAUGUCAAGGCCGAUCCUUGGCUGCUUGAAUAUGCAGGUGAGGGCUCGAUGAUGGCUUUUGGGAAGGACUGUGCAGUGCAGUCUCAACGGCAAGGCGAUGGUAGCUUACGGACCUACGCGUCCUUGCGCGUGCCAGAGGACUUCCUCGAAACUUGCGACAUCGACUGGGAUGACAAGGAGAAAGCGCUCAAGACAUAUGUUGACCGCUACUUCUCACACAUCCACGAUGAUCUCAAGCGCGUCAUCUUCUCCUCUACAGAAAUCCCUACAGCUCGUGCUUUGUACGAACUCCCUGUCGGUUUCCGUUGGCCCUCUCGCUCAGGCGUCACCCUCAUCGGGGACGCUGCGCAUGUGUUUACACCGUUUGCCGGCGAAGGAGUCAAUGUGGGUAUGAAGGACGCACUGGUUUUGGCGCAAGAGGUCGUCAAAGUAUGCAAUGGGGAGAAAACUCUUGCAGGUGGUGUGAAAGACUAUGAAGAAGAGAUGUUUCCACGCUCGACAGAGGCAGCAAUCAAGACAGCAAAAGGGAAGGAGGGACACUUCAGUGAACACGGAGGCAAGGAUUUUGCGGAUAUGAUGAAGGCGCAUUACUACAGGCAACGAGAGGGUAAUAGCCGGUAA